AUGAGCUCACAGGCUCCUCGUCAGUCGCCGCUUGAGCGGGCAAAGGCUGAGAUGAAUACGCUGGGCCAGGACUUUCAGAAGGAUCUCGACAACCUUCGCAGUGCCCCACUCAUGGAAUACGAAACGCGCAUCAACUCACUCGGAAACACAUUCCAAGCAAGCCAGAAACUGGCCAUAAAAAAUGUCAACAAUGCUAUGAAUGCUUCCGACCAGCGAAUCCAUGAUCUCGAGAACCAUCUACGAGCGGAGAAGGCUCUUGUGCGAGACGCGAUGAAGAGCUUGCUGGCAGAAAAGACUCUUGUGCAAGAUACGAAUAAACUUCUGCGAGCAGAGAAGGCGCUUACGAAAAAGCUUUCGGCCGAGAGAGAAGCUUCUAAAGCCAAGGACGAGAAAAUGAAAGCUGAACUUGAUACCGUCAAGGUCGAGCGUGAGGAGGCGAGGUCUGGGCUUCAGAAAGCACGAACCGAGCUGCAGGAGGCGAAACGUGGGCCCGCAAACCUUCAGAGAGAUUUGGUAGCUGUCAAACAGCAGAACGCUGACCUUCAGAAGGUGGCCGACGCCGCCGAACAGCGUCGCAAGGGGCUUUUGAACGAACUCGCCGCUGUCAGAAAGCAUGAGGCUGACCUUCAGGCCGAGCUCAAAACUGCCGAAGAACGGGUCUCCGCAGUUGAGAAUAGAUUGAAUGCUUCUCAGUCCAGCUUCAAUCGGUUCAAGGAGGCCUUGGAUGAUUUAGUCGACUCCUACAAGCAACAGCUGACCAGGGCUCGGCCUGUCUCUGCGCCCGCCCAGCACAACAAUCAGCAGGACAGUGCAGCUGAGGGAAAUGGCGGCCCCCGGAGAGGCGGCCAUCACAUUCAGACUCAGGCCCUUGACUUCAACCUUGCGAAUAGCAUGAACGGCAACAAGCCUGAUUUUACGCUUUGUCAAAUUGUUUUGGAAGAAGUCAUGCACGAGAAGCAUCGGCGAUACAACCGCCAUUUCCUCAAGCCUGUGGAUUCGGUCACCCCGGUUAUGCCCACACAGCUUAAUGCGACCACGCAACCAGUUGAUUUGGACACCAUAAAAGAGAAGCUUGCAAAAGGAGUUUACGCUUCGGCCGCCUCAUUCAAGACGGAUCUCAACCAGAUGAUUGCAAAAUCCAGGUACCGCCCUUCCGGCGACCCUGCCCGAAUCGCAGGCCAGCGAUUGCUGGAGAUAUUCGAGGAGAAAUGGUCUGCCUCUCGCGUCUCUGACCACGGUCCUGGAGAUCAUACCAGCCAGGAUCAACAGAGCCGCGGUCUCAAGCGGAAGGCCAGCACUGAGCGUCCCAUGCCGUCCGAGGGCACUGAAACUGCCACGCGAGCCGUUAGUGUUCCUCCCCUCAACAAUCAUGCUCCUCAGCCUUCGCGACCUUCUUCUGGCGGUGGCCUCACUACCCGCCAGACUCGGUCCCAACAGGCCUCUGACGCUUCUGCCAGCUCUACAGAGACCGCAGCAGGGGUUUGGAAAGGCCAAGUCAUAGUCGGGUCCAACAUACAGGUCGACGCUAAGGUGGAUGUGGUCGUCAAGAAGGUCAGUGUUGUCAAGCCUGUCAAUACCUUCGAUGCCUCUUUCAAGGAUUUAUUCCCCGACAAGCUCGAAGUUCAAGGCCAUGUUACCACUGGCUGGUCGGAAGAAGAGCUUCACCAGCUGAACUUCACCCCUGACAGCGACAUGAUCACAUUCCGCAUUGAGCAAGCUCCUGAUGCCAACAACACAGAUUUCACCCGGCUCUUCGAUUACUUCAUUCUCAGGGAGCGCCAUGGUACGGUCAGCUAUGCAGGUGGCAACAAUGUCAGCAAGGUGUACCUCAUUCCCGUGCCGGCAGGAUCUCACUAUCCCCAUUACAUCUCCAGUCUGGACUACAAAGAGCUUCCAGGCGAUCUAGAAGAGAAAGUCCUCUUGCUAGUCGUGGUGUUCCAGAUCAAAGAGCAGGUGAAGGAGAAGAUCCGAAUUGCUCGGGAUGCGGCCAUCAAAUCAGUCCGCAGUGCUGACGUGAAGGAUCUCGCACUCGUGCGCAACCAUCUCAGACACCACCCGCUCCCCAUCCUUAAGCCAGGCGCCUUUGUAGUGUCUGGCUCUGAGCAACACAUGCCCAUGCUCAACAAAAUAAUGCAUUCCCGGACGCCGGCGGGACCAAAGGUAGCAGCCUCUCCUCAGGGCUUCUUCCGUCUUUCCUACCCGAACCUCGCCCGGAGCGGGCAGUCCAGCAUCGACGGCGUCGAGCUGCCGAAGUGCAUUUUCAUCCUGGGCCGGGUGAUCAGUCCCACAAAGCGUUGGGCGCUCCUCGUCGUGGACAUGGAGCACGACGACCGGCCUCUCUGGGGGAUCUUGAGCAACAAGAUAAACGAUUCGCGGCUGGGAAGAGUCAUGAUGCUGAUGAGAAGCAAGUUUCCCUCCUCUUUGGACGAGUGGGAGUCCACCAUCACCAUGGACCACCAGACAAACCAACUCAAGAAGCGCCUCCAGCUCAACGGCCUGAAGAUCGAGCGCUACAGAAGUUCCGACUAG